AUGCAGUUGGUGCAGCAAAUUCCUCGACCCAAGCAACAGGUUCUGCCUUUGGGACUGAAACUGUUGCAGUACAUUGGCCUUUGGGGUGACAGUCGAGUUCGUUACAAAUACGUCCUAAUGGUGUCGUACAUCGUUGCCGUUUGGGUCGGUCCGAAAAUUGUGCUCGGAUCCGGGAAGGAUGGUUUCAAUUCGUUCGUCCGGAACAUCGCCGAGAUUGUGUUUUCGUCCGAGAAUUGCAUCACCAUCGUUAUGUUCGCCGUCAAAAAUCGUACCUUCGGAAAACUCGUGGACGUUUUGGAACGCAUACUGGAUCAUCAGUGGCCGGAGCAUCUGCAGGACGAGAUUGAGUCCUUCAAUCGGCGCAUGGAAAAAUUUUCGUUGAUCUACGCAAUCUAUAUUAGUGUUCUGAACAUCAUUUACCAGGCGGUUCCUUUCCUAACUUCGGUGGUAAAAAUGGUUUUACUGGACGAAACCGAGAGAGGAGACUUUACUUUGAUGUACGAAAUGCAAUUCUACUGGUUGGACAUCCGACGUAAUUCAACGCAUUUUUUCAUUUUCACGGCCUUCUGCGCUCCGGCCACGAUCAUAACCGCUUACAUCAUCAUCGUGAAGGGAGUAAUUUUACAGGUUAUCAUACACUACGGUUCGAAAAUAUUCGAUCUGGUGUCCAAACGGAUCGAUGCGAUGGCCAAACUGACGAACGUGGACGAACGUCACAAGGAAUUUCUGGAAAUUAUUCGGCUGCAUCAUUUGGCGUUGGAGUACAUGACCUAUCUGGAAAACACCGCCAGUUUGAUUCUGAUGAAUUUGAUGAUGAGUUGUCUGCUGGUUUGGUGUUUGAUGUUGUUCUACGUUUCUUCGAAUUUUGGACCGGAUGCUGUCAACGUAAUCGUUCUGUUCGUUGCACUGGUGAUUGAGAUGGCCGUCUACUGCAUCAAUGGGUCAUACCUGAGCGAGAAGGCCGUCGAAGUAGCUCACGCCAUGUAUCGUUAUCCUUGGUAUAAGGAAUCUAUCGAAAUGCAGAAAUCCGUUCAGUUCAUUAUCAAACGGUCGCAAAAACCAACAGGAAUUACCGCUGCAAAGUUUUACUUUGUUAACAUACAACGAUUUGGGGCAACACUACAGGCCACUUAUUCGUAUUUCAUCAUUUUGAAAGAUAGAUUUUAGUUUUCAAAAUGCGUCGC